AUGGCUGCAGUUGAAGGAGUCAUGGGCCCGCAUGAGCAAAAGGCGUUCCACCCGUUUUUUCAGAAGCAUAGAAAUUCUCCUUUACCAGAUCACCCAUCUUGCCCAAAUGCGUCUUCGUGCCCAAAUGAUUCAACUACCACCAAAACCAGCGGCAGUGCCUCUUCUCUCACCUCUGAUGGCUGUUCGGCUCAAAAGCACGAAAACGAAGAACACGAUCGCAGGAAGCGUCGAAAGACAGCUCACAUAAACCCUCAAAUCGCAGAUAGUGGUGCUUCAGACCCCCCCAUUCCAUUAACAUCUGGGUCCAGAAUAUUGCAAAUACCGACUUGUGCCCCAAGCACAUCCUCUUCAAACAUUCCCAAGGAUGAAUGUCAGAAACGAUAUUCCUUUCGAGAAGCAACAGUGAAGUAUACACCAAUAGAUUAUAGACAGGGCCGGCUUCUUAUGGAUAAUGUUGAUGAGAUUUCCCAGAAGAAAAAAAAGAUCCUGCAGCUUAAUCCGAAUGGAAAGCUAUUAAGUUCCCCUGUGCAGCAGGCGCAAAUGCAAGAACAUGUGAAUGACAAAGAAACGACCAAGAAGCGUGUUCGGAAAAAGCGUGAACAGGGUGUUGUCCCCAUGUCAAGGCUUGCAGUAAUGAAAUACGGAUCCGGGGAGUCCUCUCGCCAACAUAUCGGAUGUGCUAUCUUCGAAAUCAUGCAUGGACACACAACCUAUACCCUAUUCAAGCGACGAAUGGCAAGGGCGAGUCUACUUCAGGAGCAUUCUAAACCUACGCAUCCUUUCUUCUUAAUUAAGAAACCUGUUAAGAAGGCCGACGAUAUUGAAGCGCCCGUGGCGCCCUCCAUUUCGGACCACUCUGGUUUUCUUACGAAUAGCCAGGCGAAGCCAAUGCCCGAAUCCCCCCUUCUUCAUGCUGGCUCAAUCAUGUCGACAAAAACCAAAAGUAGAAGAAACACUUUGUGCCCUCGAAAGCCAAAUACUCCGACGGAGCCCAUAUGGCCCUCACUUGGCAUGGUCCACGUAUCGGAGAGCUGGAUACAGCCUGAAAUUAGAUCAGGAAAGCAGAAUUUGUUUGGACGGAAGAAAGCCAAAGGGCUAGCGGCAAUUGUCCCUGGGUCUGAAAGUGUCAUUGAUGAGUUAUCGCUAUCGAUACAUAGAUGCCGCCGCGGUUCUUCCUCCACACCAACGCAGCUGCUCUUAAGACAGCCUCAAAAAUUACUUGAACCGGGGUACACACUACGAGACCUGACUGUUAGCAGGCUUAGCAGAAGUCCCAUAGAAAAUGCUCUUGAUGACAGUAACGGCCUUCAUCCCGCCAUCUCUUGCCUUUUGUCUACGAUUUCAACCGCCAAAAGCUGCUUUGAGAAGGGGACCUAUGAAUCAUUACCUUGGGUGCAAAAAUAUUCGCCGAAGACCGCUUCUGCUGUUCUCCAGGAUACCAUAGAACCUCUAGUGUUACGCGAUUGGCUGCAGAAUCUCACUGUUACUGCCGUUAGUACUGGCACUAACAAAGCAGACCCAAAAUCGUCAAAAACACCAAAGCCAGAAGUUUCUAAGAAAAAAAAGCGAAAGGCAGCGAAUGACCUAGAUGACUUCAUUGUUUCCAGCGGUGAUGAAGAGCUCGAUGUCAAUAAUCCAGCGGAAGACGACGAGGAUGAGCUAGCUGGUGCCGUUACCGUAUCAAGGCCUUCAACUUUGCCCUCAAAAUUCCCAACAUUGGCAACUGGUAGAAAAACCUGUUCAAACACGAUUCUCUUGAGUGGACCCCCCGGCUGCGGGAAAACAGCUGCAGUGUAUGCUAUUGCUGGCGAGCUCGAUUUCGAGGUUUUCGAAGUGAACGCAGGAAGCCGUAGAAGUGCUAAAGACGUUGCUGAAAGAGUUGGAGAUAUGACACAGAACCAUCUUGUGCAGAUACUUAACCAACUAAAUAAUGAUAUGGACACUACCUCUAGUCGCGGCCCUGAAGGCCACCCGAAACCCAAACAGACAUCGAAGAAAAACUUUUUUGGGCAAAAACCUUUGAAAGUAGCCCAACAUACGGCUUUUGCUUCUGAAUACCAGAAAUCAAAAACUAAUCAACGUCAAUCUCUCAUUCUUCUUGAAGAAGUUGACCUCCUUUUUGGGGAGGACAAGCAAUUCUGGAAUGGCGUCUUCACUCUAAUCGCGCAGUCUAAAAGGCCUAUUGUUAUGACUUGCAAUGAUGAGACACUUCUUCCAAUGGAUGAAUUGUCCUUCCAUGCCAUUCUUCGAUUUCGCCCACCUCCACCAAGCUUGGUUUCAAAUUACCUCUGCGUGCUUUGUGCUAGUGAGAGUCAUAUCUUAGACCCAAAAGCAAUUCUUCAAUUAUAUACCACCCUUGGAAAUGAUCUACGCGCGACGAUAAUGCAGCUAGAUUAUUGGUGCCAGAUGGCCAUAGGAAGCAAAAUUUCAGGGCUCGAUUGGAUAGUUGACCGUCCGUGGACCACAAGGUCGGAUACUAGACCAGACACAUCAAGAAUCAUAAGUAAAGGCACUUAUAUAGGAGGAAUGGGGUGGCUUUGUCGAGAUAUUAUAAUGGACAAAGCCGAUCGUGUUGAGAACAAGACACGACUUGUUACUGAAGUUCUAGAGCACUGGCAGAUGCCGGUUGUUGAUUUGAUAGAAGGUGGAUGUAUCCAGGCGUGUGCAGGAAGUAGCAACAUAGCGUUACUGGAGCAGGCAAACUAUAUGUCUGACAUGAAAAGUGCCCUUGACCUUCUAGAAUUUAGAACUAGAGGUGAUUUUUUGCAGGAAAAACUUGAUCCGUCUUUACCACCUCUUUCGGACAAAUAUCGCUUCGAUUACACCGAGGGUGCUCGUCUCCUUCAGGCUGACUCUCAAGCGGACUACUCUAGGCUUUCGAAUAGAAUCAGCACCACAUUCGGCGUGCUUCUUGAAGAUUUCUUCUCUGCUCUAUCGACCGAGGAAUAUGAAGAGAGUCUACUCGAACGAAUUAUGCACAAGCCCAGGCUCUCUGACUCGCAAAAAUCACCGGUAUCAUUUUUUGGCCAAGCAUUCCAACCAUUCCUGGAUUGCUAUACAACUGUGGCUCAUCGACCGCUCUCUUUUGAACAUGGGAUACCCGUUAUUUUCGAGGAUAUUGCCCCGUACAUUCGAUUUAUUGCGACCUUAGACUUACGAGCGGAACAGCAGCGAAGUAACCUGGCUUCUCAGUUCGCUAAUGGGCCCAAACGCAUGAGAACAACGCGAGCCAGCCGAGCUGCAUUAGAGGGUGGACCAAUUAAGAGGGAGAAGUGGUUUUCCAGCAAGGUUAAUGCCUUACAAGUCUUGGCUACUGGCGGCUCUAGUUGGGAAGAUAUACUUGAGUUGCAUUUGCAGCGUCUCGCGGCUGAUAUAGAAGUACAUAGAGCUGAAGAGCUAGGACAAGGGAAUAUCACUUCCACAACUGCUGAUGAAGAAUGA